UCCGAGUACAGUUGGGCGACUCCCAGACACGUCCCAGAUUCCUAUUCCUCCCCCCUCCCGUUCUGCCAAUGCUCCCUCACGCAGCCGCUCUACGUGGAGGCUCCACCCAGGGGCUCCGGACAGGGUAUAGCGCAGGCGCGUCUACCACAGGCGGGAAGUUUGCCUUCGUUCGCUUGCCGUAGCUGCGCCUCUGACUAAUCAUUUAGUGGUAGGGAAAAGUUGCCGUGGUGGCGGUCCUUUGGCUGUGGUUCACGCGCGGAAAUGUCUGGAAGAAAACUGACAGGAGAUGGAAUCAGCAACACCAGUGCUAGCUCCAGUAUGUGGUUUGGACAGUGUCAGUAUACAGCAGAUGAAUACCAGGCCAUCCAGGCUGCCCUUCGACAGAGACUCGGCCCAGAAUACAUCAGCAGCAGGCAAGCUGGAGGAGGACAAAAGGUUUGCUACAUUGAAGGGCACAGGGUCAUAAGUCUGGCUAAUGAGAUGUUUGGCUACAAUGGUUGGGCUCAUUCAGUCACUCAGCAGAAUGUUGAUUUUGUUGAUCUAAACAACGGCAAGUUCUAUGUGGGUGUCUGUGCCUUUGUGAAAGUCCAGCUUAAGGAUGGGGCAUACCAUGAAGAUGUUGGCUAUGGAGUAAGUGAAGGUUUAAAGUCUAAAGCCUUGUCUCUAGAAAAAGCAAGGAAAGAAGCUGUUACAGAUGGACUGAAGAGGGCACUGAAGUGCUUUGGUAAUGCCCUUGGGAACUGCAUCCUGGACAAAGAUUACUUGCGAUCAGUGAAUAAGCUUCCCCGUCAGAUGCCCCCGGAUUUUGAUUUGGGCAAUGUUAAAAGACAGGACUUUGAGCCUGCUGUAGAAAAAGCAAGAUACAGUAGUUGCUUGCAAAAGGCAAGUAAAGGCCAGCAGCAACUUUCCACAACAACCCCUGGCAAAUCUGAGCAGUUAGAAUCUUCCUUAAGCACAACUGAACAAGAUCAGCAAAACAGUGGGGUCUCACUGGCCUUGGAGUGUGAUGCAACAUACCACCGGAAGUUACGGCAAAAACAACUUCAGCAGCAAUUCAGACAGCAGAUGCAGAAAAAACAGCAAAUCCAAUCAAAUACUCCAGCUUGUGAAGCCAGAGAUCAAGAAGCAUAUAAUCUCCCUGCCAUUAUACACAGCACUUCAGUGCAGCUAGAACCCACUAUGGAAGUGGAAUUCCUUGCAGAUGACCCUGAACUUUGGGACUUGCCUUUGGAGGCCACUGACUUCAGUGUUACCAAUCACAACACAACAGCUAUGCCAGCUCAACACCCAGGGACACCUCAUGGACAGCAUCACAUGAUGACACGCAGCAGAACACCACAAAGAAUAAAUAAUCAGAGACCAUGUGCAGAACCUGCACCUUGGCAUCCCUCGACUAGACCCGGACCUUACAUACCAGCUGAGUGCAGUCCAUACAGGACGAGCCAAGGAAUGAAGAAGAGAAGACUGGAGCCUGCAUAGCACAAGGUGAAUUAGAAGUGCUUCAUCUGUCCAGAUUGCGGAACACAAUUUGUAUGCACAAAUAUUCUUCAGACUUUACUACAUGCACGACUAAACAGGAAAAUAAUUGUGCACAUGAUUUUUUCGGUAUUUGAUUGAAAGUUUAAAAAGUCAUUUUGCUUCAACCCUUUAUCUUCCGAAGAGUUAAAGGACACAAAGUAUAGUAUCCUAUUAACAGAUGUAAUUCCAUAUCCAAAUACAAAAAUGUACUUUUUUCUUAACUUCCCUUAUUUUAAUAGGAAGAUAUAUUUUAACAAGGAUGCAUGUUGUAUACAAACAUGGUGCAAAGAUGACUGUGUGGUUAAGGAGCAAGGCAAACUGGUUUUGUACUUUAAAACUAGAAUUUGUGCUUUCCUCAGAAAAAAUGUAUAGAGCCACAGUUCCAGCCUGUGGAAUGGAUGUGACUUGCAGUGUUUUAAAACUGUACUGUUUAAACAAGUUUUGGAGAACAUAAUAGAAACUGAUCUUCUUUGGAAUAAAAAAAGCAUUAAAGCUUUGCUGG